UCAUAUACAUAAAAGGAUUGCAUGCAAUUCUACUAACAAAAUUGGACAGACAGGAUCCUCUUUAAUAAUAUCAGAACUGAAAAGACAAGUAUGCUCAAGUGCUAAGAAUACUGACAUAAAAACCUGGCAAUCAAGAUGGAAAAUAACAUAACAACAAUUUCUCGAGAGGAACUGGAAGAACUAAAAGAAGCAUUCAGUAAAAUAGACAUUGACAAUAGUGGAUAUGUCAGUGAUUAUGAACUUCAAGAUCUUUUCAAAGAAGCAAGUCUUCCCUUACCUGGCUAUAAAGUUCGUGAAAUUGUGGAAAAAAUUAUAGCAGUCACAGAUAGUAACAAGGAUGGCAAAAUCAAUUUUGAAGAAUUUGUCUCAGUUAUUCAGGAACUGAAAAGUAAAGAUAUUAGCAAAUCAUUUCGAAAAUCCAUAAACAAGAAACUGGGAAUUACUGCAAUUGGAGGAACAUCAUCCAGUUCUAGUGAGGGAACUCAGCAUUCUUAUUCAGAAGAAGACAAGGUUGCAUUUGUUAACUGGAUAAAUAAAGCUCUUAAAGAUGACCCUGACUGCAAACAUUGUCUCCCUAUGGAUCCAUCAAAUAAUAGCCUUUUUAAUUCACUUGCUGAUGGUAUCCUUCUUUGCAAAAUGGUUAAUUUAUCUCAGCCAGAUACAAUUGAUGAAAGAGCAAUUAAUAAGAAGAAGCUUACUGCAUUCACUAGAUCAGAAAAUCUAGAUCUAGCACUAAAUUCUGCAUCAGCUAUUGGUUGUACGGUAGUUAACAUUGGAUCACAAGAUCUAAUAGAUGGAAAGCCACAUUUGGUGUUAGGAUUAUUAUGGCAAAUUAUUAAAGUUGGUCUUUUUUCUGAUAUAGAGAUUUCCAGAAACGAAGCUCUUAUUGGUUUGCUAAAUGAUGGGGAAGAAUUGGAACAAUUAAUAAAAUUGUCUCCAGAAGAACUUCUGCUACGCUGGGUUAACUACCAUUUGAAUAAUGCUGGGUGGAAGAAGAUAAGCAACUUUGGUCAAGACAUUAAGGACUCAAAAGCUUACUAUCAUCUUUUGAAUCAAAUUGCACCCAAACAAGGCAACAAUGGAAAAACAGCCAUUGUGAUUGAUCUUUCAGGCUUUAAUGAACCAAAUGAUCUGAGGAGGGCUGAAUAUAUGCUUCAACAAGCAGAUAAAUUGGGUUGCAAACAGUUUGUGACUCCUACAGAUGUCGUUGCAGGCAACCCUAAACUUAAUAUAGCCUUUGUUGCAAACCUCUUUAAUACUUACCCUGCCCUACAGAAGCCUAAAAGCAAUUCUUAUGAUUUCAAUUUAUUAGAAGGUGAAAGUAAGGAAGAAAGAACAUUUAGAAAUUGGAUGAAUUCAUUGGGUGUAACUCCUUAUAUUAAUCACUUAUACAGUGAUCUUGCUGAUGGUUUAGUAAUCUUUCAACUCUAUGAAAUGGUCCGUGUACCUGUAGAAUGGAGUCAUGUCAACAAACCACCAUAUCCUGCACUUGGGGGUAACAUGAAAAAGAUUGAAAAUUGUAACUAUGCAGUAGAACUGGGAAAGACAAAGGCCAGAUUUUCAUUGGUUGGAAUUGGUGGAAAAGAUCUCAACGAAGGCAACUCAACCUUGACCUUGGCACUAGUCUGGCAAUUAAUGAGAAG